AUGCAAGAUAAUUAAAUAUGUUAAACAGAUUAAAAGGAAGAAAACAGACAAAUUAAGUAAAAACUCUUAGAAUAUUGGGUGAAACUAUAAAAGUCUUUGGAUGAGGACUACGAAGAGAUUUUACAAUUAGGUUCAGAAUCUGAUCCUAAUGAUAUCAUUAAUGCAUUGUUUAUAAUUGAAGAUGCAAGAUAAGAAUAAUAGAAGGUUAAUUUUUAUUUGAUUGGCUUAGUUAGACAAAUAACAUUUAGAGACUUUGACAAAUGAAUUGUAAUAAGAAAAAGUGAAAGUAAAUGAAUUGUAAUAAUAAAAUCAACACUUAGCCUAAUGCAACAAUAAGGCAGAUUUUCAAUUAGAAAAACGAUAAUUGGAAAUUAAAAUCAAUGAACUAUCCCUUGCUUUGGUGUAAUGUAAGGAAGAUAAAAUAAUAUAUAUGGAACAAGCUUAAAAGGAAAUCUAAUAUUUAAAAGAGUAAGAAUUGGAAUUGAAGAGUAAAAUUUAAAUGCUUUAAUAUGAACAAUCAAAAAAGUCAUCUUUUUUAGAAAACGAAGAUGAUUCAAAAAGACUAUCAAAAGAUUUUGCAGAAGAUGACAUUCCUCGACAGUCUACUUCUCCUUAAAUUUAGAAAGUAAAGCUUGAUUACUCUAAAUUAAGUUAAGGUUCAAAUUUAAAAAAGUUGACGAAGGUUGAUUAAGUUUAAGGGGUUUCUCAAGCAUCAUUUAAGUUUGGAAAUAAAUGA